CCAAGUAGUGAAAGGGGCAGAUCCGAGGCACAGAUACAAAGCGACGGUAGUGCUGCUCUGCUCGCACCCCUCAGGGUUUUUUUUGUUUUGUUUUCUGUGAGGAUUGUCUCCCUCACUUCGCGCCUCGCUGCCGUUGCUUAAGCUCGGCACUCCACGGGGAAAAGCAUGGUGACUAAAAACAGAAAACAGACCGGGAAGAGUCCAGCGACCCAGGCUGACCGCGACAGGAUCCCGCUUGUUUCUCCCCCCGGCAAAAGUAACGCUCGGCGGCCGGGCAGGGACGGUAAAGCUUUCAACGGCUCGCACCCCAACGGGCUCUCGGGCAUCAGACACAAGCUCGGGCUCACUCCCUCCGCGGUUGCCAAGCUUGGAAUCACUCUUCUCCUCGCUGCUCUGACCGGGUAUCUGCACUGGCAUCAUCUCUCACAGCUGUUUGAGAAUGACAGACACUUUUCGCACUUGUCGAACCUGGAGAAGGAAAUGGCUUUCCGGACAGAAAUGGGUCUGUAUUAUUCGUACUACAAGACCAUUAUUGAAGCUCCGGCUUUCCUGGACGGCCUCCACAUGGUCAUGAACGAUCGGCUGACGGAGUACCCCCUGGUUAUUAACACGCUGAAGAGAUUCAACCUCUAUCCGGAGGUGGUCCUGGCCAGCUGGUACCGGACGUACACGGGUGUUAUGGGAUACUUUGGGAUUCCCACAAAGAUGUGCUGGUCCAUCAAUAGAGGAGAGGGACUCACUCCUGUGGACAGCUGUGAAGGGAUGGGCGACCCGGCGUACUUCUACGUGAGCUUUGUGUUCCUGCUGAACGGUGCGAUGAUGAGCCUCUUCUUCAUCUACGGAGUCUAUCUCAGUGGGAGUCGACUGGGCGGCGUCGUCACCGCCGUGUGUUUUUUCUUCAAUCACGGCGAGAGCACCCGUGUCAUGUGGACUCCGCCCCUCAGGGAGAGCUUCGCCUACCCCUUCCUUGUCCUGCAGAUGCUCCUUCUCACCUACAUCCUGCGGACACGGAACCCGAGCAGGACAGCCAUGGUCGCCCUGGGCGUCUCCAAUUUGUGCUUUAUGCUGCCCUGGCAGUUUGCCCAGUUUGUGCUGCUCACUCAGGUGGCUUCUCUGUUUGCUUCUUACAUCCUGGGUUACCUCGCCGCCACCAAGAUGCAAUCCAUCCUGGUCACCCAUAUGGUAACGCUCGCCGUCUGCUUCGUCCUGAUGUUUGGCAACUCCAUGCUGCUCACGUCCUUCUACGCCUCCUCGCUGGUCUCCAUCUGGGCAAUCAUUGCAUUGAGGGAUCGAUUUGCUCAAGUUUUCAAACCUGGCGUCGUCAUCUGGCUCAUGCAGGGUUUGGCUUGGGUCGGCUCCACGGUGCUUCUCAAGUUCCUGCUGUCCUCCGUGCUCUGUGCCUCGGAUGAUGCUCACAUCAGUGCGCUGAUCAAGUCCAAGUUCACGAGCUACAAGGACUUCCACACUCUGAUGUACACUUGUGCCGCAGAAUUUGACUUCAUGGAGUUGGAGACCCCCCUGCGUUACCUCAGGACCCUGCUGCUGCCCAUCAACAUGCUGGUGGUGGCUCUCAUCGCUGGGCGGACAGUGCAGGAUGUGGUCCGGUUCCUGAGGGACGGCGGGAAGACGACUGUCAGGGCCGACGACGCGGAUGAAGCUGCAGGGUCUGAAAUCGCUGCUCAAGGCGAGCUGGUGUACCACGGCCUGCAGUUGGUGGCGUUCGCCGUCCUCGCCGUCCUCAUCAUGCGUCUGAAGCUCUUCCUGACGCCGCACAUGUGCAUCAUGGCCUCGCUCAUCUGCUCCAAACAGCUGUUUGGUUGGAUCGGGGAGAAGUUGAAACACCAGCUGGCCGUGUUCGUGGUCAUGGCCGUCAUGGCCGUGUACGGAGUGGCCAACCUGCGGGCCCAGUGGGGGAUCAUCGGAGAGUUCAGCAACCUGCCGCAGGAGGAGCUGCUGGACUGGAUCCAGGACAACACCCGUCCCGACUCCGUGUUCGCCGGGGCGAUGCCCACCAUGGCCAGCGUGAAGCUCUCCACGGGGCGGCCCAUCGUCAACCACCCCCACUACGAAGACGCUGGGCUGAGGGAGAGAACCAAGCUGGUGUACUCCAUGUACAGCCGCAUGUCUGCAGACACCGUGAAGGGGAACCUGGUGAAACUGGGCGUGGACUUCUUUGUGUUGGAAGACUCGUGGUGCACCCGGCGUACCAGGCCCGGGUGCAGCAUGCCAGAGAUUUGGGACGUCGAGGACCCCCUAAACGCGGGUAAAACUCCCCUCUGCACCCACAUGUCCAGGAGCUCCAGACCCCACUUCACCACCGUGUUUUCCAAUGACAUUUACAAAGUUCUCAAAGUCCCCAAAGCUGCUAAUGAGCUGAGAUAACACCGUGUGGCGGACUGGUUCCCUUCUUCUUUUUCACCACUUUUCCGUCAAACGCCACCACAGUCCCGUUCACAGAGCGGGUUCGUCCCCCCCCCCCCUCCUCCUCCUCCUGCUGCUGCCAGUGUUUGUGACUCGGAGGAAAUCCUGCAAAGGUUCUGUUGUAUAGAAUCUUGAGUUUCAGAAACGCUGUCCUCAAAGAGAUGCCGCUUGCACGUCAGCAUCGUUUCUCACUGUAUAAGAUUCACUUUCUUUUGGCAUAAGAAGUUCAAUGGUGUCCACAUACUGUGAAGCAAUGUCCUUUGCAAACUCGGCAAAAGCCGACUUCUGCUUAUGAAAAAUGUUUUUUCAGCACUAGGCUGUUUUUUUAUUUACAUUUCAAAGGGUAAAAAGAAUACUUCUUUGUGUUCAUCACUCAGCCCUCUCGGCUCGUCAAGGUCCCAGAGGAGCUCUUUAGUAAAAUGAACGUACAGAGAGCAAAGCUUCCGAAAGAAUGAAAGCAAGGGAUCAUGUUUUUCUGUUUGGAGGCUUUUUCAAAAGCAUUUCCACAUGGAUGGAGUGCUGAACCAUUAUUCUCACCAGUCCUAAAAAUGGCCCAUCAUCUCCCAAAAAUAGGCCCCGUCGCUCGGAAAACGAUUCCCUCUUUGCCAAGAGAAGCACAUCGCUAAUUGUUACGCGGGAUGACACGCUAACCGAGCUAAUUGAGGUUUGGGAAUAAUGUUUUUGUCAAUCAGAGCAUUCGUUCUUAAUUAUGUUAUAAACAGGUGGGCAAAACAAGUAGAUUUCUUCUAAAUGUCACAAAUACUUUUGUAAAUAGCCAAACUGUAAAAGGCCAAUGUACAGUUUGUGUUCCUUCAUAACGGCUCAUUGCCAAAGGUAGUCUUGUUCUUAAAGCUGUAGCCUGUAAAAGACGUGUUUUUGUGAACGAGAACUGAGUUGUGGAAAAGCCGAUCCACACUAUUUGUAGCAGUGGAUUUGACGGUACCAGUCGUUGGUUUCUUCUUCAAGGUGCAUUAAUGACCUUCAAUAUGUCCGAAAAUACGCUCAUUUGCUUUUCAUAAGAGUUUAUUGAGAAGAACCAUAUUAAGUCUUAGUGGAGGCACAUGACAGUUCUCUUAGCUUAGCUUAGCUAGCUAAAGGUGUAACGGGAUGGGAGGAUUUUGGUACAACACAUCUUGAUGCAGGCUAUUGAACUGAUCUGGACAUCAAAAUGAGACAAAAGGACACAUUUCUAUUAGACAGGAGGGACCUGAUGACGUGUGUAUAGAAAUGAGAGAGAGAAAUUCCAUCUUGAAAUGUGCCGGAGCGAUCGGUCGAACCGUAAUCUAAGAGGACACAUUUCAUCGGUGCCAUUGUGUCCAUCGGAUGUCUGACUGUGUCCUCCUGUGCAGAGACGGGGUAGAAGUUGUCUCACUCACUGAGACAGAAGUAUUUAUUUUCCUGUCGCAGGCGUUUGUGGGUUUCGGAUGUCUUUUAUAGUAUUUGUCUAUUUUGCCUGUAUUUUAAAAUAAAAUAUUUCAUUGUCUUAAA